UGAUAAUAAGAGAAUCUUCUCUGUUCGUGAGUGAGAAACGAUGACUUGUUUGUCGAAACCACGGUGAUUAGAUGGACACGAUUCAUGAUGGAGACAUUACUUAGCGAUGCUCAUAACGGAAGGACAAUAUCAUGGGCAAUUGGAAGGGCGUGUGUCUGUGAAAAGCUCAAGCAGGUUGAUGCCAUCGCUGUUUGACGUUUCUCAGUGAGCGAAAAUGGCCGACGUUCAUGGUCACUGCCAAACCAGAGAAAAUGUAGAACUUGAUUUCCAGCGAUCCAGAGCAAGACACAUUUCUUCUGGAAGUGGUAACGAAAUAGAAGACGAAGCCCUUGAUCCAAGAGUUCAGGAGGAACUGGAAAAGUUAAAUCAUGGCUCAGACGAUAUCAACAGGCUGGAACUGGAGUUGGAUGAUGCAAGGUCCACUUUUCGGCAAACAUUGUCGGAUUCUACUCAGAAGUUAAACACCUUGACAAAGAAGUUGGGAUCAUGCAUAGAAAAAGCAAGGCCAUAUUACGAUGCAAGGAUGCGAGCAAAGGAGGCACAAGUAGAGACUCAGCGUGCAGCCUUGAGGUUUGAGAGGGCUAUGAGCAUGCAUGAGGCAGCCAAGGAGAUGGUGCAGUUAGCAGAGCAAGGUUAUAUGAACAAAGGCGAGCCCUUUGACCCAGCCUGGCAGGAAAUGCUGAAUCAUGCCACAAUGAAGGUGAAUGAAGCUGAGAAGGAGAGAAUAGAGAGUGAACAGGAACAUCAGCUCACGGCCAAGUUCUAUAAUGAAGCUGAUCAAAGAGUGCAAUUCCUACAAAAAGAGCUGAAGAGAGCGAUCACAAAGUCCAGGCCAUAUUUUGAAAUGAAAGGGAAAUUUAAUCAACUAAUGGAGGAACAGAAACAGUAUGUGGCCAAGCUGGAGGCUCAGGUUGUGGCCGCCAAAUCCAUGUACUCAGAGGCACUGAGGAACCUGGAGUCUAUUAGUGAUGACAUUCACAGGCAGCGGAUGGAGAGACGCAAACACAAAGAGCUUGGCAUCAGGAGUGCUGGUGUCGGGGCAGAAUCCCCGGCCCCUCCCCCAAUGAGGGAAGGUGGUGUUAUGAUUGAGGGCAGUGACAAAACUCAUCCAGACACUCAGAUGGACUCCCCAGAAAUCAAGACAGGUAGUCACGAGGAUGGGGACAUGCUCUCCCCUGUCUUAUAUCGUUCACCUGAGAGUGCUAGAAACAACAGUUAUCGUCAGGCAAUAGAUGCCAGUAUGUCCAAGUCUCCCACAUAUGAGAGCAUCAACUCAGCUGAUUAUGAUGAAAACUUUGAUGUCCCUAGCUUAGAGGACGAAUACAUGGCACUGCCUCCUACUCAAACCUCCCAGGGGAAAUCAGUUGUCCAAUCUUUCCCCAAGACUGUUGGUUCCAUUCCUGAAGAAAAUGACAGUGUGUUCCCCAGUUCACCAAAUACGCGCGCAGCACCAUCAAAAGACUAUGUUUCAGAUGUUCGCAGCUCUAGCCCAUCUUCCUCUAUGGGCUCCCCAUCUGGGACUAGGAAAGCAAAGCUCCAAGGAAUUAUUCUUAAAAUUGAUUCCAGUAUGGACGGAGGCCUGAGGCAUCCAAGUUUUAAACCCCCAAAGAACUCAGUCGAUGUAUGCUACUGCUCCUCAUUACUACAAAGGGCUCGCAAUAAUGUCAGCCAAAAAACCUGUAGGGAAUGGUGUCACAAGGCAUCCUCUGUCACGACCAAUGAAUGGUUCACUGUGUCACCUAUACUUAACAAUGGCCGCCCCUCAGGAGUUGGUGAAAAGGCGACGACAGAGAAUCCAGCUGUGAUGGCUGGGGUAACGGCCAGUCCUGUCAAGAAACAGGCCACCUUGUGCCUACCCCGCCCAGCCAGUUCGCAGGAUCUGGAAGAUAACUCGGACACUGAGAGUAUUGCAAGUACAGGACCCAUGCUGGACGAUGAGCUGGUGGAGAUGGCAACAUUGGAACUGCCAGACGAGGAAGAGCUCGCACAGGAGGAGAAUGAGUUCAGGCAGAGGUUCAAAAGAGAUUCUUGGAGGCGUCGCAGCCUGCCGCCUCACCUUAGCUACUUGGCCAACUACUUACCACAGCAACCCGGGGAUAGUGCUAGCCUAGAAUCUCUACCAGAACGCCACUAAGGUGGAGGACUCUGACAAUAGAUUGACACAGGAGAAAUUAGGUCUCUCCUCAGAACCUGUAGAAUCCUCAGGAGGGAUGAAGCAGAAAAAGUUUUGUGUAUGAGUGUAUUUUUGUGUGAUUGUUAUUUUUUUUACUUUACCAAAUUCUUUUUAAAAUUUUUAUCAUGCAGAAUAUUAAAUUCAUUUUUAGUUUCGUCAGUCAUAGUUUUUAUCAAUCAUUGUUUCAUAUUAUUUUUUUUUCCUUUGGAAUGUACAAUUGCCUGUAGUAGUUUUACACAGAUUCUUAUGGCAGUGUUGAUCCUUAGUGACAGUUUUAGCAUCUUUGGUCAAGGUGUGACUACUAGAGCUCUGUGAUAUUGUCAUGUAUGGUAUCACUUGUAUCUCCUUAUUAGUGUUGAUUGAUGACAUAGAACUACAAGGCACAGGUGCCUGUGUGUUAUACUGUAUCUAACCUUGUAUAAAAUUUUAAAAUGAUAUGUUUUCUAUGAUGAUAGAACUGAUUUAGAAUAUGUUUACGUACACAAAACUCAAGCUACUAAUUAGAAAUAUGUAGAUAACUUAGUAAAGAGAUAUGGUCAUAUUUUUAAACAACUGCACAAUUCUAGUCAGUUUUAGCAGUAUGCCUAAUUAUUUUUAAUCCACUUAAAGGAUUAGUGUCCAGAUUUAGCUACUUAACAUAACAAUAUGUUACCAGGAGGGCCUCUGAGAAACGUAAUUAGGGCUUUAAAUCCUUCAAAACAAUAGAUUUACUGCCCUAGCCGAUCUCCAGCCGAAGCUUAGUUUUGGAUUGUUUUCUGUUUUAAUCGUCUGUAGCCGGUCUGAAACCACUAGCAUUGGCGUAGCUGUCAAACGGCCAUUGCGUUGUUGCACACAGUUCACAAGUUGUUAGAAGGCCACUCAUUGGCUCACAUGAGAGUCAUGGCGAAUGGGAUAGCAUAUAUCAAUUGGAAGCCAUCACGUGGUAGUAUCUACUUUACUUUCACUUUACAGGCAACUGAAGAUUGAUCAAACCAAUGACGAAUGAAUUCUGCUUUGUUUUACACCCAUUAAGUCCUAUCACCAGAGUUUAUAUACAUAUGUUUAAAGCCGGGUUUUUCCUCCCUGCUGUUAAAAUUUAGCUGCCUGCCAGGAUUUCUUAUCCCAACUCCUGCCAGCCCGACAGAGAUUUGGCUGUGUUUGGUGGGUAUCAAACCAUUCUGUCUUAUGCCGUGAAAAAAAUGCAUAAACCAAGCCUCAUUAUCUCAUGAUUUUAAUGCCAGAUUACUGUACUUUUUUGGCAAUAUUUUUUAAUAUGUGCAGGGGUAACUAAUUAUGAAUAAAUAACCAUUCUGGACUGUAAUCCUUUAACUUAGACCAUGAUAUAGUCCUCUCUAAUGCAUACAGACACAACAAAUAAGACUGCGCAAAGUAGCAUCGUUCUUAAGUACCGGUACUGUUGUUGGACAUCUGUGCUCGAUCAUUAUAUCAAGUGAUAAUAUAAGCAUCAAAUUUAAAUGAAGUUUUAUGGGGAGACUGAACGGAAGGUUACAAAAGUAACACUAACAUUUCUAUGCACAACCUGCAUAUCAGUCAGUUGUCUCAGUUUACUUCCAUAGUGUUUGUAUCCAGGCAUUUGUGUGAAAACAUUUGUUUAGUUCAUGAUGGCCUUGGUAACUGGCCCAGCAUUAGAAUAACAUUAAACGUUUAUCCAUGGUGGACCGAGAUGGUGUCUCGUUCAGGUCAGGAGGUCAAUACAGAACACACGUGGACAGGCUUUCUGAAGAACCCUUUGAGUAUAGCCCAUUCUGACAAGAAUUAGCCUAAAAAACCAGUACAUGUAUUUGUGGGAAGUCUCAAGUUGUCUGUAUUGAGCUCAGGCAUAUUUCUCAUGUUGAAAAAAUGACCAGAUCUUUCCUGGUAAAAUAUAUAUUUUUUUAGUGGUAGUGUAUCAGUUUUAGUGUCUUUUAAAGUCACCAGCGUCCGUUGUCCCAAUUGUUAACUUGCACAGACUGUUCUGGGUAUCAGUGAAUACGUGUAUUAGGUUCUUUUACGUCAUUACUGUUAUGAAGACAAUGGGGUAUUAUAGAACAAUAUCCUUGGACUUUUACCAUAUUUUUGCCUUUUGAGUUAUAAUGUAUGCUACAUUGUUUUUGUUUUUGGCUUUCGCAUGGGGGAUGGAAGGGGUCUUUCUGUGGUAUGUCUGCACUGUGGUAUUGCCAUUUAUGAAGAUGUUGUGAAUGGCGCCUGUAAGUUAUGGAAAGUUCUUACA